CUGCCAGUUUGUUCUUUGUGUUUUUUGAAUGGGUCUAAAUAAGAAUGGCAAUAGAUUUGGUAUUUUUGGAUAUCCAAUCCAAUCCAAUUCUAAUAAAAUAAAUUUAAAUAAUUAUAAUUGAUUUUUAAUCGAAUUCCGACGAGAUGAAACAGUUUUAAUAUAAAUCAAAUUCCAAUUUAGAUGGAUUAAUUUUUGCGACAAUUUACAUACCUGGUUCUAAUUAGAUUGUUUUUAACAAAUUUAGGUUCAGUGUAUAUUGGUUUGAUCCGGUUUUGAACGCGAACAGAACUGCCCAAAACAUACAAGGUCGCCGAGGCGUUCAUCUCUUCGGCGCUUCAGCGGCCACACCACUUUGAACGAGAAGGGGUGAAGACGAUCGACAGCGAUACUCCUAUUUAUAGAAUCUUUGUUGAUUGAGAAUGUUCUACCUCAGUCUAAUAGAGCAUACUUUGCGUUUGCCUCCUUCCCUCCUCAGCCUUCCUCUCCAAGAUGCCAUUAAGCAGGAGCUUGAGAAUACCUUUUUAGAUAAGGUUAUUGCAAAUUUGGGCCUGUGUAUUUCAGUAUAUGACAUCAGAAAACUUGAGGGUGGCUUUAUCUUUCCUGGAGAUGGUGCAUCCACAUACGUGGUUGAAUUUAGAAUGGUUGUAUUUCGCCCAUUUGUUGGAGAAAUAAUUGCUGCAAAACUUAAAGAAUCUAACAAGGAUGGUCUGCGCUGUAUGUUCAAUGAGGACUUUACGUUGUCACUUGGAUUUUUUGAUGACAUUUAUGUACCAGCACAUCGUUUGCCAAACCCAUCCAUUUAUGAACGUGACCCAGGGAAUAGGUAUCAGGUUGUAUGGUCGUGGGAAUAUGAUUCAGAAGAUAAUAACAAGUUCAUUAUCGAUGGCUUAGAUGAGAUUAAGUUUCGAGUUGAAAACGUAGAGUAUCCUCCAGUUCCAAUUGAGCAACCUGAAAAGCCAUUUGCCCCUAUGGUGAUUACAGGAACACUCGAUGAUGAUGGUUUAGGCCCUGUUUCAUGGUGGUGAUGCAGAAAAAUAUUUUGAAAUCCUAGCACUAUCUGUCAAACUUGUAGAGAAAUGUUUAUUCAUGGUAGAGUUUCAAUCUUUUCAAUUUUCUCUGAACUCACUCUAUUCAAUAGAAAAUGCAACAACCUAAAAUAGAAGCUUGGAUGCUUUAACGGGAUUUUAAAAAAAAAAAAAAUUUGGUAGUUGUUAUUAUUAUUAUGAAUAUCUUAUGAUCAUUCUGUAAUCUUCCGCAGUUGAAUUGAAAAUACCUAUUGAUUGCAUGGUAGCCUAUCAUUUUGCACAAUUCAAGGACGGGAGAUUUGUUUCAACUUAGGUUUUAGCAUUAUUUUUUUUUGUUAGCGGUUGUACUUUUAUAUUGAUUGAUAUAAUUAGAUGGAUGGUGUUUUUGAAUUUCCCUUGAGGCAAUUGUAUUUUUAUGUUUAGUACAUGAUGGUAUUAAGUAUUAGGCUAUGUUUGGUUGAGAUAAUGGAUGGAUGGUAAGUAAAUAAUUUAGACUGCAGUUGUGUUGUGGAGUUUUAUUUUUUUCCCA